AUGAUUGAUAAUAGCGAUGAAGAAGGUUCAAGGCCAGGGCUUGGUUCAUCAAUGUUUUCUAAGCCUAAGGCUGUUGAUAAAGAUUUUGCCAGUUUCGAAAAGCACACAAAAGGAACAGCAAGUUACAUUAUGAGUAAAAUGGGCUACGUUCCUGGUCGAGGUCUUGGAUCAGAUGGACGUGGUAUAGUUAAUCCAAUCGAAGUAAAAUUGCGACCUUCUAAAAUGGGAUUGGCUUAUCGUGGAUUUACAGAAAAAACAGACAAAGGCAAAUCUAGAGAAAAAAUAAUACCUGAUGAUGAUAUAGAAAUAUCAAGUAAGGUAGAGAAGAGAGCCAAUGAAUGGAAAAAAUCUUCUCAAAAAAAGAAAAGGAAAGAUAAUUAUAAAACAGCUGAAGAAAUAAUAAGAGAUGUGGGAUUAGCACCUUCGCUACAGCCCCAAAAGAUAAUUGAUAUGACUCAACCACAGAUCCGCGAACUUUCUACAAGUCAAAUAACUUCAAUGCCUAUUCCUGAAAGAUCUAAAUACUUGAUAGAAUUACGUCAUAAUCUACGAUUAAUAGUUGAUAUGUCUAAACUUGAUUUAGAGCAAACCUCAGAAAAACAAAAACUAGCAAUGACUGGAAAAUCAACUGCGAUAAUUUCUAAAGAACAAUUGGAGAAAAAUAGUAGUUUCGAUGAUAAAAUUAGUGUAAAUAAUGCCAUGAUUUCAGCUGAGAUUCCUUCCUUAAAUGAGAUUUUUUCAGAACAUUUUCAGAAAUUGCUUGAAGAAUUUUUACAAUGGAAAAGAUUAUUGAGAACAAGUCUACCUACUGUAACUCAAUCAUCCCAUCUUAACCUUACUCGUACAGACAGACAAGAAAAAAUGUCACCAUAUGAAAGUAUGUUAUGGUCAAUAUGGCUUCCAAAAGUACAAUCAUCAAUAACGAAUAAAUGGGAUGUUCAAGAUUAUGAUCCAGUGGUAACGCUUCUCUCAAAUUGGCAACCUAUUCUUCCGAAAUUUAUAUAUGACAAUAUAACUACACAAUUAAUUGUACCAAAAUUACUUCGUAAAUUAGACGAACAAAUUUCACUCGAGAACAUUCAUCUUUGGAUAUUCCCUUGGUUUCCUUUACUAGAGGAGCAAUUGAUAAACCAACUUAUUGACCAAGUUAAAGUUAGACUUGGCUCUUAUUUGAAAAAUAGAUGGAAUCCUAUUGAUGAAAUAGGUCUUAAAAUAUUAAACCCAUGGAAUAAGGUUUUCAGGCAAGAAGUGAUGCAUAAACUCCUUGCUGGUUCAGUAAGACCAAAACUUGCAAAUAUUUUACGUAAUAGAUUUGAAGUUAAUUCUAUAAAUCAAGAUAUGAAACUCUUUGAUUGUGUUAUGAUUUGGAAAGAUAUGUUUACUUCAGAUUCUUUUAGUCAAUUAUUUGCGGAAGAGUUUUUUCCUAAAUGGUUGGAUGCCUUACAACUUUGGAUAACAAGUGAUCCCGAACUUUUUGAAUUAAAACAAUGGUACGAGUAUUGGAAAAGUGUUUUCCCAGAAGAACUAUUAAACAAUACAAUAAUAAUUUCACAAUUCAACAAAGGAAUAGAACAACUUGAAGAAUAUGUAGCUAGGUUAAAUUAUUAA